AAAACAGAAAACGCAAGAAAGAAUUGAGGAAAAACAAAAGAAAUCGUGGACAUUGUCUGGACCGUGGAAGUCACACGAUAUGCAUCGACUAUCAGUGCUAACACUGAACCAAGAGCAUCACCUAGCUGAUUAAUAACGUGAAAUUCAUGGUGCUACUCAGCAUCCACACUCUUCCUUAUUCAUACCCAACUCUCAAUUAUCACCACACCUUUAACUAUCACUCUCAACGUCAAAGCCAAUGUCUGAAAGGUAACGUUAUCCGAUGUGGGAUAGCGGAGCCAUCAGGGGAACCGGCACCGUUAGGACAGAAGACAAAGUACAAUGAUGGAUUGUUUGAGAAGGCAUUCAUGACGCUGUUCGCACGCAAGAUGGAGAAGUUUGGUGCGAGUAAAAAAGGGCCUGAUGAUGAAAUGGAGAAGAAGAAGGGUUGGUUUGAUUAUGACUACGAUAGUUUUGUGGACGUGUCGAGGAAAGUAAUGCAAGGGAGGUCAAGAAUUCAGCAGCAGCAAGUGGUUCGUGAGGUCCUCAUGUCUAUGCUUCCUCCUGGUGCUCCUGCUCAGUUUAGGAAAUUGUUUCCACCAACGAGGUGGGCAGCAGAAUUCAAUGCCACUAUUACUGUGCCUUUCUUCUUCUGGUUAGUUGGUCCUUCUGAGGUUGUGGAAGUGGAGGUUGGUGGGGUGAAGCAGAAAAGUGGAGUUCACAUAAAAAAAUGCAGGUAUUUGGAGAACAGUGGUUGUGUAGGAAUGUGUGUGAACAUGUGCAAAAUACCAACACAAGACUUCUUCACAAACGAAUUUGGACUUCCAUUAACAAUGAAUCCAAAUUUUGAAGAUAUGAGUUGUGAAAUGAUUUACGGACAAUUACCACCUCCAUUUGAAGAAGAUCCCGUGUCCAAACAACCUUGUUAUGCGAACAUAUGCACCAUUGCAAAUCCCAGUUCAAAUGUCUGUCCUAAACUCAGCGCUAAUUAGGUGGAUACGAGCUUGCUCAAUUAUGCGAUGGGGAAAAUGUUAGUAUAGCACAUAUCUAUUUGCAUUCUAGUCCAAUAUACGUACCAUCCCAUAGUAUAUAUGUUAUAAAUUAUGUAGCUACAUGUACACUUCUUUUGUUAUUCUUUUGUAAUUAGCUCAUCUGACUCGUA